AUGUUUCUUGAACUGGAAUUUGGGGCAUUUGAAGAUUUUGCAUGGCUCCGUGAGGGUUCGUUGGGGGGUAGGGGCACGGUAACUCCGAAUGUGGUGGGAACCCAGGGCCCUGAAGGUUUUGAAGGGAGCAAAGUCCCGGAGGCCCCAGGUGUUUCGGGGCCUCGGGGAUCUGGGGGUCCUAGUGAUGGAAGCUGGGCGACUGUCACCAAAAAGAAGAAGGGAAAGGGAAAGAAGGGUGGUUCCCCCGCUGCGCCGGUCCUUCCUCUUGUGAGUGGGGAAAGUGGCCUUGUGGGCCGGGCAGAGGACCAUGGAGUGGGUCACGGCGCAGGUUCCUCGGCUGGGCGAGUGGCAGUCGAUAAGAGGCCUGUCAGGGUGCAGCCUUCGCUCACUCCGUCGAAAACUGCCGCAGUGGUCAUCACAUUGCGGAGUGAGGCGGUGGAGCGGGGGGUCACGUAUGCGGAUGUGCUGACCAAGGCCAGGAAUGGUAUUAGGCUAACGGCGACGGAAGCUCGGAUGUUGGAGGUGCCGGGGGUAGACAGGGAGGAAAAGGCUGAUGUCAUGGCGGAUAGGCUUCGUGUGGUGCUGUCGGAGGAGGUCUUGGCAGGGAGGCCCGUCAAGUGGCCGAACCUUCUUAUUCGGGACCUCGACGACAGCGUCACCGAGAGGGACGUUGCAGUGGCGGUGGCUGCUAUGGGUGGGUGCCCGGUCGAUGCGAUCAAACCGGGGAAGAUUAUGAGGCGCGGGGGGCGGGGUAUAGGGGAGAUGUUCCUUCUGUGUCCGGUCGCAGCUGCUGAGAAGGUGAGGAAUGGGAAGCUCCUCAUUGGGUGGAGCUCCUGUCGGAUUGAAAUCCGAGAGGACCGCCCUUUGAGGUGCUACAAGAGCCAGAAGUUGGGUCACGCGCGAGCGACCUGUGAUUCGGCGGUGGACAUGGCGGAGGCGUGUUUUCGAUAUGGGGUUGUGGGUCACAAGGCCUAUGAUUGCAACUCGAAAGAGCUGCAUUGCGCGGUCUGCUCGGCGGCUGGAAAGCUGGCAGGCCAUAAAAUGGGGGGUAGGGCCUGCAACCCUGGGCCCUGUAUGCCCCUAUAG